GCAUGUGUGGCGGGCAUGUCCAUGCUUUACUCGUCUUUGUGUACAGGUCCUGCAAUUGACGUACAACCGAGCGAUGUGAAUGCGGAAGCGGGCGGAACUGCCACACUCACCGUGGAAGCCUCUGGUGAAGGAUUGAGCUACCAGUGGUUUGGUCCUGGCGGGAACGCUCUCACUGACGUUGAUGGAGACAUCAAUGGAUCUAAUUCACCCACUCUGCAAAUUAUCAAUGUUGAGUCUGGCGAUGCUGGAGACUACACGGUCGUCGUGACCAAUAAUGCGGGAUCGGUCGACUCUGAUGCAGCAACUCUAUCUAUUGGUGAAAGUCCCGUGAUUGGGACCCAACCAGAGAAUGUGAACGUUGAGGGGGGUGGGAAUGCCACGCUCAGUGUUGUGGCAACCGGAGAAGGACUGAGCUACCAGUGGUUUGGUCCUGACGGAGAACCACUCUCUAACAGUGAUGGGGCGAUUGAUGGAGCCACCGCAUCCACUUUACAGAUUAUCAAUGCUGGACCAGAUGACGCUGGAGACUAUAGAGUGCGAAUUACAACUUCCAAUGGAGGGAUUGUCGAUUCUGACAUUGUCUCACUUUCCGUCGCUCCUGCAAUUGACGUACAACCAAGCGAUGUGAAUGCGGAAGCGGGUGGAACUGCCACAUUCACUGUGGAAGCCUCUGGUGAAGGAUUGUUGAGCUACCAGUGGUUUGGUCCUGGCGGGAACACUCUUACUGACGUUGACGGACAUAUCGAAGGAUCGAAUUCAUCCACCCUGCAAAUCAUCAAUGUUGAGUCUGGCGAUGCUGGAGACUAUACAGUCAUCGUGACCAACAGUGCAGGAUCAGUCGACUCCGAUGCAGCAACUCUAUCUAUUGGUGAAAGUCCCGUGAUUGAGACUCAACCAGAGAAUGUGGAAGUUGAGCGGGAUGGAAAUACCACAUUCAGUGUUGUGGCAACCGGAGAGGGACUGAGCUACCAGUGGUUUGGUCCUGAUGGAGAACCUCUCUCUGACAGUGAUGGAGAGAUUGAAGGAGCUACCACGUCCACUUUACGGAUUAUCAAUGCUGGACCAGAUGACGCUGGAGACUAUAGAGUGCGAAUUACAACUGCCAAUGGAGGAAUUGUCGAUUCUGACAUUGUCUCACUUUCCGUCGGUCCUGCAAUUGACGUACAACCAAGCGAUGUGAAUGCGGAAGCGGGUGGAACUGUCACAUUCACUGUGGAAGCCUCUGGUGAAGGAUUGUUGAGCUACCAGUGGUUUGGUCCUGGCGGGAACGCUCUUACUGACGUUGACGGAGACAUCGAAGGAUCGAAUUCAUCCACCCUCCAAAUCAUCAAUGUUGAGUCUGGCGAUGCUGGAGACUACACAGUCGUCGUGACCAACAGUGCAGGAUCAGUCGACUCCGAUGCAGCAACUCUAUCUAUUGGUGAAAGUCCCGUGAUUGAGACCCAACCAGAGAAUGUGGAAGUUGAGCGGGAUGGAAAUACCACAUUCAGUGUUGUGGCAACCGGAGAGGGACUGAGCUACCAGUGGUUUGGUCCUGAUGGAGAACCUCUCUCUGACAGUGAUGGAGAGAUUGAAGGAGCUACCACGUCCACUUUACGGAUUAUCAAUGCUGGACCAGAUGACGCUGGAGACUAUAGAGUGCGAAUCACAAAUGCCAAUGGAGGAAUUGUUGAUUCUGACAUUGUUGCACUUUUCGUUGGUCCUGCAAUUGACGUACAACCAAGCGAUGUGAAUGCAGAAGCAGGUGGAAGUGUCACAUUCACCGUAGAAGCUUCUGGUGAAGGGUUGAGCUACCAGUGGUAUGGUCCUGGCGGGAACGCUCUCACUGACGUUGACGGAGACAUCAAUGGAUCCAAUUCACCCACUCUGCAAAUUAUCAAUGUUGAGUCUGGCGAUGCUGGAGACUACACAGUCGUCGUGACCAAUAAUGCGGGAUCAGUCGAUUCUGAUGCAGCAACUCUAUCUAUUGGUGAAAGUCCCGUGAUUGAGACCCAACCAGAGAAUGUGGACGUUGAGCGGGGUGGGAAUGCCACGCUCAGUGUGGUGGCAACCGGAGAGGGACUGAGCUACCAGUGGUUUGGUCCUGAUGGAGAACCACUCUUCGACAGUGAUGGGGUGAUUGAAGGAGCCACCACAUCUACUCUACGGAUUAUCAACGCUGGAUCAGAUGCCGCUGGAGAAUAUAGUGUGCGAAUUACAACAGCCAAUGGAGGAAUUAUCGAUUCUGACAUUGUCUCACUUUCCGUCGGUCCUGCAAUUGAUGUACAACCGAGCGAUGUGAAUGCGGAAGUGGGUGGAACUGCGACAUUCACCGUGGAAGCCUCUGGUGAAGGAUUGAGCUACGAGUGGUUUGGCCCGGAUGGAGAGCCCCUUUCAGACCAAGCUGGAGAGAUUGAAGGGUCAAAUACAGCCACUCUGCAGAUCUUAAAUGUGCAACUGAGUAAUGCUGGAGGCUAUAGUUGUGUAGUGUCAAACUCUGAUGGAUCUGUCAUUUCUGAUCGUGCCUUUUUGACGUUCAAUCCUAGCUUUAUCCGUGGGUGUUUUCUUGACUACCAAUGUUCUGGUGACACUAUUGGGCUGGGAGCUACGGGUUCAGAAGAGAUUGAGAGAAGAGAGUGCUGUGUCAAUACAGAGGCACUAUCAUACACAACAUCGGACCAAUGCUUUGAUUGUAUAGUGUAUGGAUUCCUGGAGAAUCGUCUUGUUCUACCUGAGCGUUUAUCUGCUUAUGAGAUUGAGAUUGGAUAUCUGAAGCGUCCUAGUACCACCACUACCAUCCUUCUAGGAAACGUUGCAGUAGACCCUGCUGGAACUGCAAGUCCCACCAGAGACUACUCUUUGGGAAAUCCUAGAUUUAGAGUAUUUACAACUAGGAAUGCUAUCUACCAGUUCACUCUGAGAGCUGACAGUAUUGCUGCAGAGGAUGAUGAAACGCUCCUGUUUGAGCUGACUCUAACAUCCACCCCACCACCCAACGCAUUGUUUCUAAACAGUCUAACAGUUGUGAUUAUAGACAGUGACGUUGUAAACUUUGAGUUGGAAGAAAACGAUUACAGUGCUUCUGAGAGAACUGGAUUUAUAGAAGUUACCAUCAGGAAGAACUUAAGACUGGCCAAUAGGGUUACUGCACUGCUGACUCCGUACGUUGUCGAAGAUGCUAUCAGAUUGGGUCAACCAAUACCUGAUGGUAUUCCAGAUGAUGACAAUCCAUACUCUCCGAAUCGUGCUAGAUGUUUUCCUGAGAGCCUUCAAGACUUCUCACCAGAUGCAAUUGCUGUAACUGUAGAGGCUGAUGAGGACGGAUCCCAGAAAAAUGAUGUUGACGUCCAAAUACCUAUCGUAAAUGAUGAAUUCGAUGAAGCUGAUGAGGAAGUGUUCAUACUUGUUGUCUCAGUUCAAGGAAGCAAUGACGAGAGUUCAGGCAGACGCUCAUCACUCUGCAUCAUUCAAGAUGACGAUGAUAUACGUAUUGGGUUUGAGAAUGCAUCAUACACCUUUGUUGAGCCUCAGGAGGCACGGAACGUCACUGUUACUCUUGAAAAGCAAGAUGGGCGCAUAUCAGAACAGACCUUCCUUGUUACUAUUGAAGGCAGCUCUAACACACCAAAUGCCAGUAUUUCACCAGCCACGAUAUCUACAUUGAAUGGAGAUGGAAGUAUUAGUAACAAUGACUACUCUAUCUCUGCUCCAGGGGAGAAUACUGUCCUGCUAGUGUUUGGUCCAGGCAACCAGACGUUAGAUUUUGAGUUUACACUUUAUCCAGACAAUGUUACAGAGAACCAAGAGGGGUUUCAAAUUCAAAGAAUACGUACUAACUUUUUGGGUCCACCUUUUCUGCCUCCUACAUCUGGUGCUUUGUUUUCAUCUAGCUUCAUUAUCAUUGAUGAACGCGAAGCCCCCGUGAUUGACAGCCAACCAGAGAAUGUGGACGUUGAGCUGGGUGGGAAUGCCACGCUCAGUGUGGUGGCAACCGGAGAGGGACUGAGCUACCAGUGGUUUGGUCCUGGUGGAGAGAUUGAAGGAGCCACCGCAUCCACUUUACGGAUUACCAAUGCUGGACCAGAUGACGUUGGAGACUAUAGAGUGCGAAUUACAACUGUCAAUGGAGGAAUUGUCGAUUCUGACACUGUCUCACUUUCCGUCGGUCCUGCAAUUGACGUACAACCGAGCGAUGUGAAUGCGGAAGCGGGUGGAACUGCCACAUUCACCGUGGAAGCCUCUGGUGAAGGAUUGAGCUACCAGUGGUUUGGUCCUGGCGGGAACGCUCUCACUGACGUCGACGGAGACAUCGAAGGAUCCAAUUCAUCCACCCUGCAAAUUAUCAAUGUUGAGUCUGGCGAUGCUGGAGAUUACACAGUCGUUGUGACCAACAGUGCGGGAUCAGUCGUCUCUGAUGCUGCAACUCUGUCUAUUGCUCAACCUACCCAAGGUCCCACACUUGCUCCUCUGAUCCUGAACUGCAGUGCCGAGUUCCUCGCUGAGUCUCAGCAAGUGAGUGUGAGCUGCACGUCAAGUAGGGACCUCGACGGCUUGGACUUUGAGUGCAGCUUCAAUGAUUCAUCAGUAACAGAAGGAUGUGGACAAUUCCCGUUCUUUGUGUCUGUCGCUGGAGCUUCAGGAAGCCAGACCAUUGUCAUCAGUGCAACCGAUCCAGCGGAUGGAGCUGGUUUCACGUCAACCAUUACAAUCACAACCACAGGCCCUGAAAUUGAGACCCAACCAGAGAGUGUGGGUGUCGAGCAAGGCGGAAGUGCCUCAUUCACCGUGGAGGCCUCUGGUGCAGGACUGACCUACCAGUGGUUUGGUCCUGGCGGAGUGGCUCUGACUGACAGUGACGGAGAGAUUGAGGGGUCCACUUCAGGAACGUUGACAGUUUUCAACGCUGAGCCUGGCGAUGCGGGAGACUACACGGUCGUUGUGACCAACAGUGCGGGAUCAGUCACCUCUGAUGCUGCAAGUCUGUCUAUUGGUCCUGCAAUUGACGUACAGCCGAGCAAUGUGAAUGCUACGGAAGCGGGUGGAAGUGCCACAUUCACCGUGGAAGCCUCCGGUGAAGGACUGUUGAGCUACCAGUGGUUUGGUCCUGGCGGGGACGCUCUCACUGACGUUGACGGAGACAUCGAAGGAUCCAAUUCAUCCACCCUGCAAAUCAUCAAUGUUGAGUCUGGAGAUGCUGGAGACUACACAGUCGUUGUGACCAACAGUGCGGGAUCAGUCAUCUCUGAUGCUGCAACCCUGUCUAUCGGCGAAGCCCCCGUGAUUGUGACCCAACCAGAGAAUGUGGACGUUGAGCGGGGUGGGAAUGCCACGCUCAGUGUGGUGGCAACCGGAGAGGAACUGAGCUACCAGUGGUUUGGUCCUGAUGGAGAACCACUCUCCGACAGUGAUGGGGCGAUUGGAGGAGCCACCGCAUCCACUUUACGGAUUAUCAAUGCUGGACCAGAUGACGCUGGCGACUAUAGAGUGCGAAUUACAACUGUCACCGGAGGAAUUGUCGAUUCUGACAUUGUGUCACUUUCCGUCGGUGCUGCCUGUGCUGUUGUUGACUGUGUAUUUGGACAUGAGUGUGCGGUAGACGUAGAAACCAAGCUACCAUUCUGUAAGUGCAACAGAGACUGCAGAGUUUGCCUGCUAAUUUCGGUGCAAGUAUGUUUACCUGUUAUCGAAGUACAACCAAGUGACGUUACUAUCAGCACCGGAGGAAGUGCCACAUUGACGGUGGUAGCCUCCGGUCGUGGACUGAGCUACCAGUGGUUUGGUCCUAUAGGAGAGGCUCUUUCAGUCAGUUCCAGGGGGAUCAGAGGAUCUAGAACAGCUAGUCUGGAAAUUUUCAAUGCUCAGUCUGGCGAUGCUGGAGACUACUUUGUCCGAGUGUCCAGUGCUGCUGGAUGUGUGGAUUCGAAUGGUGCUGAACUGUUCAUUGCCACUGAACUUGACGAGCAAACCGGAAAUGCCUCAUUCAGCGUGGAGGCCUCUGGUGCAAGACUGGCCUCUGACGCAGAUAUCUACAUCAAUGAUCCCUGUGCUGCGUUUGACUGUGCACUUGGAUAUGAGUGUAAGGUGUACGUAGAAACCCAGCGACCAUUCUGUCAGCGCAUCAGAUUAUGUGAAUUAAACAACGGAGACCGUCCGAAGAAAGAUAGUUGCCUGCUAACCUUUGAGCAAGUGUGUCUUCCUAUUAUCGAAGUACAACCAAGUGACGUUACUAUCAGCACCGGAGAAAUUGCCACAUUAACGGUGGUAACCUCCGGUCGUAGACUGUGCUACCAGUGGUUUGGUCCUGGCGGGAACGCUCUCACUGACGUCGACGGAGACAUCAAAGGAUCCAAUUCAUCCACCCUGCAAAUUAUCAAUGUUGAGUCUGGCGAUGCUGGAGAUUACACAGUCGUUGUGACCAACAGUGCGGGAUCAGUCGUCUCUGAUGCUGCAACUCUGUCUAUUGCUCAACCUACCCAAGGUCCCACACUUGCUCCUCUGAUCCUGAACUGCAGUGCCGAGUUCCUCGCUGAGUCUCAGCAAGUGAGUGUGAGCUGCACGUCAAGUAGGGACCUCGACGGCUUGGACUUUGAGUGCAGCUUCAAUGAUUCAUCAGUAACAGAAGGAUGUGGACAAUUCCCGUUCUUUGUGUCUGUCGCUGGAGCUUCAGGAAGCCAGACCAUUGUCAUCAGUGCAACCGAUCCAGCGGAUGGAGCUGGUUUCACGUCAACCAUUACAAUCACAACCACAGCCCCUGAAAUUGAGACCCAACCAGAGAGUGUGGGUGUCGAGCAAGGCGGAAGUGCCUCAUUCACCGUGGAGGCCUCUGGUGCAGGACUGACCUACCAGUGGUUUGGUCCUGGCGGAGUGGCUCUGACUGACAGUGACGGAGAGAUUGAGGGGUCCACUUCAGGAACGUUGACUGUUUUCAACGCUGAGCCUGGCGAUGCUGGAGACUACACAGUCGUUGUGACCAACAGUGCGGGAUCAGUCACCUCUGAUGCUGCAACCCUGUCUAUCGGCGAAGCCCCCGUGAUUGGGACCCAACCAGAGAAUGUGGACGUUGAGCGGGGUGGGAAUGCCACGCUCAGUGUGGUGGCAACCGGAGAGGGACUGAGCUACCAGUGGUUUGGUCCUGAUGGAGAGAUCGAAGGAGCCACCGCAUCCACUUUACGGAUUACCAAUGCUGGACGAGAUGACGCUGGCGACUAUAGAGUGCGAAUUACAACUGUCAAUGGAGGAAUUGUCGAUUCUGACACUGUCUCACUUUCCGUCGGUCCUGCAAUUGACGUACAACCGAGCGAUGUGAAUGCGGAAGCGGGUGGAACUGCCACACUCACCGUGGAAGCCUCUGGUGAAGGAUUGAGCUACCAGUGGUUUGGUCCUGGCGGGAACGCUCUCACUGACGUCGACGGAGACAUCGAAGGAUCCAAUUCAUCCACCCUGCAAAUUAUCAAUGUUGAGUCUGGCGAUGCUGGAGAUUACACAGUCGUUGUGACCAACAGUGCGGGAUCAGUCGUCUCUGAUGCUGCAACUCUGUCUAUUGCUCAACCUACCCAAGGUCCCACACUUGCUCCUCUGAUCCUGAACUGCAGUGCCGAGUUCCUCGCUGAGUCUCAGCAAGUGAGUGUGAGCUGCACGUCAAGUAGGGACCUCGACGGCUUGGACUUUGAGUGCAGCUUCAAUGAUUCAUCAGUAACAGAAGGAUGUGGACAAUUCCCGUUCUUUGUGUCUGUCGCUGGAGCUUCAGGAAGCCAGACCAUUGUCAUCAGUGCAACCGAUCCAGCGGAUGGAGCUGGUUUCACGUCAACCAUUGCAAUCACAACCACAGCCCCUGAAAUUGAGACCCAACCAGAGAGUGUGGGUGUCGAGCAAGGCGGAAGUGCCUCAUUCACCGUGGAGGCCUCUGGUGCAGGACUGACCUACCAGUGGUUUGGUCCUGGCGGAGUGGCUCUGACUGACAGUGACGGAGAGAUUGAGGGGUCCACUUCAGGAACGUUGACAGUUUUCAACGCUGAGCCUGGCGAUGCGGGAGACUACACGGUCGUUGUGACCAACAGUGCGGGAUCAGUCACCUCUGAUGCUGCAAGUCUGUCUAUUGGUCCUGCAAUUGACGUACAGCCGAGCGAUGUGAAUGCUGCGGAAGCGGGUGGAAGUGCCACAUUCACCGUGGAAGCCUCCGGUGAAGGACUGUUGAGCUACCAGUGGUUUGGUCCUGGCGGGGACGCUCUCACUGACGUUGACGGAGACAUCGAAGGAUCCAAUUCAUCCACCCUGCAAAUCAUCAAUGUUGAGUCUGGAGAUGCUGGAGACUACACAGUCGUUGUGACCAACAGUGCGGGAUCAGUCAUCUCUGAUGCUGCAACCCUGUCUAUCGGCGAAGCCCCCGUGAUUGUGACCCAACCAGAGAAUGUGGACGUUGAGCGGGGUGGGAAUGCCACGCUCAGUGUGGUGGCAACCGGAGAGGAACUGAGCUACCAGUGGUUUGGUCCUGAUGGAGAACCACUCUCCGACAGUGAUGGGGCGAUUGGAGGAGCCACCGCAUCCACUUUACGGAUUAUCAAUGCUGGACCAGAUGACGCUGGCGACUAUAGAGUGCGAAUUACAACUGUCACCGGAGGAAUUGUCGAUUCUGACAUUGUGUCACUUUCCGUCGGUGCUGCCUGUGCUGUUGUUGACUGUGUAUUUGGACAUGAGUGUGCGGUAGACGUAGAAACCAAGCUACCAUUCUGUAAGUGCAACAGAGACUGCAGAGUUUGCCUGCUAAUUUCGGUGCAAGUAUGUUUACCUGUUAUCGAAGUACAACCAAGUGACGUUACUAUCAGCACCGGAGGAAGUGCCACAUUGACGGUGGUAGCCUCCGGUCGUGGACUGAGCUACCAGUGGUUUGGUCCUAUAGGAGAGGCUCUUUCAGUCAGUUCCAGGGGGAUCAGAGGAUCUAGAACAGCUAGUCUGGAAAUUUUCAAUGCUCAGUCUGGCGAUGCUGGAGACUACUUUGUCCGAGUGUCCAGUGCUGCUGGAUGUGUGGAUUCGAAUGGUGCUGAACUGUUCAUUGCCACUGAACUUGACGAGCAAACCGGAAAUGCCUCAUUCAGCGUGGAGGCCUCUGGUGCAAGACUGGCCUCUGACGCAGAUAUCUACAUCAAUGAUCCCUGUGCUGCGUUUGACUGUGCACUUGGAUAUGAGUGUAAGGUGUACGUAGAAACCCAGCGACCAUUCUGUCAGCGCAUCAGAUUAUGUGAAUUAAACAACGGAGACCGUCCGAAGAAAGAUAGUUGCCUGCUAACCUUUGAGCAAGUGUGUCUUCCUAUUAUCGAAGUACAACCAAGUGACGUUACUAUCAGCACCGGAGAAAUUGCCACAUUAACGGUGGUAACCUCCGGUCGUAGACUGUGCUACCAGUGGUUUGGUCCUGGCGGGAACGCUCUCACUGACGUCGACGGAGACAUCAAAGGAUCCAAUUCAUCCACCCUGCAAAUUAUCAAUGUUGAGUCUGGCGAUGCUGGAGAUUACACAGUCGUUGUGACCAACAGUGCGGGAUCAGUCGUCUCUGAUGCUGCAACUCUGUCUAUUGCUCAACCUACCCAAGGUCCCACACUUGCUCCUCUGACCCUGAACUGCAGUGCCGAGUUCCUCGCUGAGUCUCAGCAAGUGAGUGUGAGCUGCACGUCAAGUAGGGACCUCGACGGCUUGGACUUUGAGUGCAGCUUCAAUGAUUCAUCAGUAACAGAAGGAUGUGGACAAUUCCCGUUCUUUGUGUCUGUCGCUGGAGCUUCAGGAAGCCAGACCAUUGUCAUCAGUGCAACCGAUCCAGCGGAUGGAGCUGGUUUCACGUCAACCAUUACAAUCACAACCACAGCCCCUGAAAUUGAGACCCAACCAGAGAGUGUGGGUGUCGAGCAAGGCGGAAGUGCCUCAUUCACCGUGGAGGCCUCUGGUGCAGGACUGACCUACCAGUGGUUUGGUCCUGGCGGAGUGGCUCUGACUGACAGUGACGGAGAGAUUGAGGGGUCCACUUCAGGAACGUUGACUGUUUUCAACGCUGAGCCUGGCGAUGCUGGAGACUACACAGUCGUUGUGACCAACAGUGCGGGAUCAGUCACCUCUGAUGCUGCAACCCUGUCUAUCGGCGAAGCCCCCGUGAUUGGGACCCAACCAGAGAAUGUGGACGUUGAGCGGGGUGGGAAUGCCACGCUCAGUGUGGUGGCAACCGGAGAGGGACUGAGCUACCAGUGGUUUGGUCCUGAUGGAGAGAUCGAAGGAGCCACCGCAUCCACUUUACGGAUUACCAAUGCUGGACGAGAUGACGCUGGCGACUAUAGAGUGCGAAUUACAACUGUCAAUGGAGGAAUUGUCGAUUCUGACACUGUCUCACUUUCCGUCGGUCCUGCAAUUGACGUACAACCGAGCGAUGUGAAUGCGGAAGCGGGUGGAACUGCCACACUCACCGUGGAAGCCUCUGGUGAAGGAUUGAGCUACCAGUGGUUUGGUCCUGGCGGGAACGCUCUCACUGACGUCGACGGAGACAUCGAAGGAUCCAAUUCAUCCACCCUGCAAAUUAUCAAUGUUGAGUCUGGCGAUGCUGGAGAUUACACAGUCGUUGUGACCAACAGUGCGGGAUCAGUCGUCUCUGAUGCUGCAACUCUGUCUAUUGCUCAACCUACCCAAGGUCCCACACUUGCUCCUCUGAUCCUGAACUGCAGUGCCGAGUUCCUCGCUGAGUCUCAGCAAGUGAGUGUGAGCUGCACGUCAAGUAGGGACCUCGACGGCUUGGACUUUGAGUGCAGCUUCAAUGAUUCAUCAGUAACAGAAGGAUGUGGACAAUUCCCGUUCUUUGUGUCUGUCGCUGGAGCUUCAGGAAGCCAGACCAUUGUCAUCAGUGCAACCGAUCCAGCGGAUGGAGCUGGUUUCACGUCAACCAUUGCAAUCACAACCACAGCCCCUGAAAUUGAGACCCAACCAGAGAGUGUGGGUGUCGAGCAAGGCGGAAGUGCCUCAUUCACCGUGGAGGCCUCUGGUGCAGGACUGACCUACCAGUGGUUUGGUCCUGGCGGAGUGGCUCUGACUGACAGUGACGGAGAGAUUGAGGGGUCCACUUCAGGAACGUUGACAGUUUUCAAUGCUGAGCCUGGCGAUGCGGGAGACUACACGGUCGUUGUGACCAACAGUGCGGGAUCAGUCACCUCUGAUGCUGCAAGUCUGUCUAUUGGUCCUGCAAUUGACGUACAGCCGAGCGAUGUGAAUGCUGCGGAAGCGGGUGGAAGUGCCACAUUCACCGUGGAAGCCUCCGGUGAAGGACUGUUGAGCUACCAGUGGUUUGGUCCUGGCGGGGACGCUCUCACUGACGUUGACGGAGACAUCGAAGGAUCCAAUUCAUCCACCCUGCAAAUCAUCAAUGUUGAGUCUGGAGAUGCUGGAGACUACACAGUCGUUGUGACCAACAGUGCGGGAUCAGUCAUCUCUGAUGCUGCAACCCUGUCUAUCGGCGAAGCCCCCGUGAUUGUGACCCAACCAGAGAAUGUGGACGUUGAGCGGGGUGGGAAUGCCACGCUCAGUGUGGUGGCAACCGGAGAGGAACUGAGCUACCAGUGGUUUGGUCCUGAUGGAGAACCACUCUCCGACAGUGAUGGGGCGAUUGGAGGAGCCACCGCAUCCACUUUACGGAUUAUCAAUGCUGGACCAGAUGACGCUGGCGACUAUAGAGUGCGAAUUACAACUGUCACCGGAGGAAUUGUCGAUUCUGACAUUGUGUCACUUUCCGUCGGUGCUGCCUGUGCUGUUGUUGACUGUGUAUUUGGACAUGAGUGUGCGGUAGACGUAGAAACCAAGCUACCAUUCUGUAAGUGCAACAGAGACUGCAGAGUUUGCCUGCUAAUUUCGGUGCAAGUAUGUUUACCUGUUAUCGAAGUACAACCAAGUGACGUUACUAUCAGCACCGGAGGAAGUGCCACAUUGACGGUGGUAGCCUCCGGUCGUGGACUGAGCUACCAGUGGUUUGGUCCUAUAGGAGAGGCUCUUUCAGUCAGUUCCAGGGGGAUCAGAGGAUCUAGAACAGCUAGUCUGGAAAUUUUCAAUGCUCAGUCUGGCGAUGCUGGAGACUACUUUGUCCGAGUGUCCAGUGCUGCUGGAUGUGUGGAUUCGAAUGGUGCUGAACUGUUCAUUGCCACUGAACUUGACGAGCAAACCGGAAAUGCCUCAUUCAGCGUGGAGGCCUCUGGUGCAAGACUGGCCUCUGACGCAGAUAUCUACAUCAAUGAUCCCUGUGCUGCGUUUGACUGUGCACUUGGAUAUGAGUGUAAGGUGUACGUAGAAACCCAGCGACCAUUCUGUCAGCGCAUCAGAUUAUGUGAAUUAAACAACGGAGACCGUCCGAAGAAAGAUAGUUGCCUGCUAACCUUUGAGCAAGUGUGUCUUCCUAUUAUCGAAGUACAACCAAGUGACGUUACUAUCAGCACCGGAGAAAUUGCCACAUUAACGGUGGUAACCUCCGGUCGUAGACUGUGCUACCAGUGGUUUGGUCCUGGCGGGAACGCUCUCACUGACGUCGACGGAGACAUCAAAGGAUCCAAUACAUCCAACCUGCAAAUUAUCAAUGUUGAGUCUGGCGAUGCUGGAGAUUACACAGUCGUUGUGACCAACAGUGCGGGAUCAGUCGUCUCUGAUGCGGCAACUCUGUCUAUUGCUCAACCUACCCAAGGUCCCACACUUGCUCCUCUGAUCCUGAACUGCAGUGCCGAGUUCCUCGCUGAGUCUCAGCAAGUGAGUGUGAGCUGCACGUCAAGUAGGGACCUCGACGGCUUGGACUUUGAGUGCAGCUUCAAUGAUUCAUCAGUAACAGAAGGAUGUGGACAAUUCCCGUUCUUUGUGUCUGUCGCUGGAGCUUCAGGAAGCCAGACCAUUGUCAUCAGUGCAACCGAUCCAGCGGAUGGAGCUGGUUUCACGUCAACCAUUACAAUCACAACCACAGCCCCUGAAAUUGAGACCCAACCAGAGAGUGUGGGUGUCGAGCAAGGCGGAAGUGCCUCAUUCACCGUGGAGGCCUCUGGUGCAGGACUGACCUACCAGUGGUUUGGUCCUGGCGGAGUGGCUCUGACUGACAGUGACGGAGAGAUUGAGGGGUCCACUUCAGGAACGUUGACUGUUUUCAACGCUGAGCCUGGCGAUGCUGGAGACUACACAGUCGUUGUGACCAACAGUGCGGGAUCAGUCACCUCUGAUGCUGCAACCCUGUCUAUCGGCGAAGCCCCCGUGAUUGGGACCCAACCAGAGAAUGUGGACGUUGAGCGGGGUGGGAAUGCCACGCUCAGUGUGGUGGCAACCGGAGAGGGACUGAGCUACCAGUGGUUUGGUCCUGAUGGAGAGAUUGAAGGAGCCACCGCAUCCACUUUACAGAUUACCAAUGCUGGACCAGAUGACGCUGGCGACUAUAGAGUGCGAAUUACAACUGUCAAUAGAGGAAUUGUCGAUUCUGACACUGUCUCACUUUCCGUCGGUCCUGCAAUUGACGUACAACCGAGCGAUGUGAAUGCGGAAGCGGGUGGAACUGCCACACUCACCGUGGAAGCCUCUGGUGAAGGAUUGAGCUACCAGUGGUUUGGUCCUGGCGGGAACGCUCUCACUGACGUCGACGGAGACAUCGAAGGAUCCAAUUCAUCCACCCUGCAAAUUAUCGAUGUUGAGUCUGGCGAUGCUGGAGAUUACACAGUCGUUGUGACCAACAGUGCGGGAUCAGUCGUCUCUGAUGCAGCAACUCUAUCUAUUGGUGAAAGUCCCGUGAUUGGGACUCAACCAGAGAAUGUGAACGUUGAAGGGGGUGGGAAUGCCACGCUCAGUGUGGUGGCAACCGGAGAGGGACUGAGCUACCAGUGGUUUGGUCCUGAUGGAGAACCACUCUUCGAUAGUGAUGGGGCGAUUGAAGGAGCCACCACAUCCACUCUACGGAUUAUCAACUCUGGAUCAGAUGCCGCUGGAGAGUAUAGAGUGCGAAUUACAACUGCCAAUGGAGGAAUUAUUGAUUCUGACAUUGUCUCACUUUCCGUCGGUCCUGCAAUUGACGUACAACCGAGCGAUGUGAAUGCGGAAGUGGGUGGAACUGCGACAUUCACCGUGGAAGCCUCUGGUGAAGGAUUGAGCUACGAGUGGUUUGGCCCGGAUGGAGAGCCCCUUUCAGACCAAGCUGGAGAGAUUGAAGGGUCAAAUACACCCACUCUGCAGAUCUUAAAUGUGCAACUGAGUAAUGCUGGAGGCUAUAGUUGUGUAGUGUCAAACUCUGAUGGAUCUGUCAUUUCUGAUCGUGCCUUUUUGACGUUCAAUCCUAGCUUUAUCCGUGGGUGUUUUCUUGACUACCAAUGUUCUGGUGACACUAUUGGGCUGGGAGCUACGGGUUCAGAAGAGAUUGAGAGAAGAGAGUGCUGUGUCAAUACAGAGGCACUAUCAUACACAACAUCGGACCAAUGCUUUGAUUGUAUAGUGUAUGGAUUCCUGGAGAAUCGUCUUGUUCUACCUGAGCGUUUUUCUGCUUAUGAGAUUGAGAUUGGAUAUCUGAAGCGUCCUAGUACCACCACUACCAUCCUUCUAGGAAACGUUGCAGUAGACCCUGCUGGAACUGCAAGUCCCACCAGAGACUACUCUUUGGGAAAUCCUAGAUUUAGAGUAUUUACAACUAGGAAUGCUAUCUACCAGUUCACUCUGAGAGCUGACAGUAUUGCUGCAGAGGAUGAUGAAACGCUCCUGUUUGAGCUGACUCUAAUAUCCACCCCACCAUCUCCCAACGCAUUGUUUCUAAACAGUCUAACAGUUGUGAUUAUAGACAGUGACGUUGUAAACUUUGAGUUGGAAGAAAACGAUUACAGUGCUUCUGAGAGAACUGGAUUUAUAGAAGUUACCAUCAGGAAGAACUUAAGACUGGCCAAUAGGGUUACUGCACUGCUGACCCCGUACGCUGUCGAAGAUGCUAUCAGAUUGGGUCAACCAAUACCUGAUGGUAUCCCAGAUGAUGACAAUCCAUACUCUCCGAAUCGUGCUAGAUGUUUUCCUGAGAGCCUUCAAGACUUCUCACCAGAUGCAAUUGCUGUAACUGUAGAGGCUGACGAGGACGGAUCCCAGAAAAAUGAUGUUGACGUCCAAAUACCUAUCGUAAAUGAUGAAUUCGAUGAAGCUGAUGAGGAAGUGUUCAUACUUGUUGUCUCAGUUCAAGGAAGCAAUGACGAGAGUUCAGGCAGACGCUCAUCACUCUGCAUCAUUCAAGAUGACGAUGAUAUACGUAUUGGGUUUGAGAAUGCAUCAUACACCUUUGUUGAGCCUCAGGAGGCACGGAACGUCACUGUUACUCUUGAAAAGCAAGAUGGGCGCAUAUCAGAACAGACCUUCCUUGUUACUAUUGAAGCCAGCUCUAACACACCAAAUGCCAGUAUUUCACCAGCCACGAUAUCUACAUUGAAUGGAGAUGGAAGUGUUAGUAACAAUGACUACUCUAUAUCAGCUCAAGGGGAGAAUACUGUCCUGCUAGUAUUUGGUCCGGACGAUCAGACGGUAGACUUUGAAUUUACACUCUAUCCAGACAAUAUCACAGAGAGCCUGGAGGCGUUUCAAGUUCGUAGGAUCCGUACUGACUUUUCUGGUCCACCUUUUCUACCCCCUACAUCUGGUGCUCUGUUUUCAUCUAGCUUCAUUCUCAUCGCUGAAUUGUUCAUUGUUAACCAGCCAAGAAGUAGUGGAGUGGCCACUGGUGGAACCUCCACGUUUUCUGUUGUGGCCUCUGGGACAGAUCUGAGCUACCAGUGGUUUGGUCCUAAUGGUGAAGCUCUCACGGACAGUGAAGGAGAUAUUGAGGGAUCCACUACAGCUACCUUGCGGAUUGUCAGUGCUCAAUCAGAUGAUGUUGGAAACUACCGUGUUCAAGUGUUCGCUACUGGCGGAUACAUAUUUUCAAAUGAAGCAACUUUGACAAUUGUCUCUCCACCUGAAAUUACAAGGCAACCAAGCAAUGUUGAAGUUGCUGCUGGUUCAACUGCCACAUUUAUUGUGGAGGCUUCUGGUGAAGGACUGAGCUACCAGUGGUAUGGCCUCGACGGAGAAGCUCUGACCGACAACACCGGUGAGAUUGAGGGAUCUAUUACAGACACAUUGCGGAUCGUUGAUGCUCAGUCUGGUGAUGCUGGAAACUACGGAGUUAGUGUAUCCAAUGUUGCUGGAUUAGUGGAUUCUGAGGAGGUCACGCUAACCAUAGUUGAUCCACCCGUAAUUACAAGACAGCCAAACGAUGUUGAAGCUGCUGCAGGUUCAACUGCCACAUUUACGGUGGAGGCAUUUGGUGAAGGACUGACCUACCAAUGGUUUGGUCCUGACGGAGAGUCUCUCACAGACAGUGAUGGAAGGAUUGAAGGAUCCACUGCAGCUACAUUGCAGAUAGUUGCUGCUCAAUCUGGUGAUGCUGGAAACUACACAGUUCUUGUAUCCAAUAUUGGUGGGUCAGUGGAUUCUGAGGAGGCCACGCUAACUAUAGUCACUGAACCAGUAAUUACAAGACAGCCAAUCAGUGUUAGAGUUACUAUUGGUGCCAAUGCCACAUUCACCGUGGAAGCCUCUGGUGCAGGACUGACCUACCAAUGGUUUGGUGCCAAUGGAGGGGCUCUCACAGACAGUAAUGGAAGGAUUGAGGGAUCCACUACAACUACUUUGCAGAUCGUUUUUGCUCAGUCUGGUGAUGCUGGAAACUACAGUGUCCGUGCGUCCAAUCUUGGUGGAUCAGUAGAUUCUGAAGAGGCCAUAUUAUACAUUGCUGCAGCUACUCAACCACCAGUCAUUACAAGUCAGCCUAGUGAUAUAGAAGUUGGAGUUGGUGGAAAUGCUACAUUCACCGUGAAAGCCUCUGGUGAAGGAUUGAGCUACCAGUGGUUUGGUCCUGGCGGGAACGCUCUCACUGACGUCGACGGAAACAUCGAAGGAUCCAAUUCAUCCACCCUGCAAAUUAUCAAUGUUGAGUCUGGCGAUGCUGGAGAUUACACGGUCGUUGUGACCAACAGUACGGGAUCAGUCGUCUCUGAUGCUGCAACUCUGUCUAUUGCUCAACCUACCCAAGGUCCCACACUUGCUCCUCUGAUCCUGAACUGCAGUGCCGAGUUCCUCGCUGAGUCUCAGCAAGUGAGUGUGAGCUGCACGUCAAGUAGGGACCUCGACGGCUUGGACUUUGAGUGCAGCUUCAAUGAUUCAUCAGUAACAGAAGGAUGUGGACAAUUCCCGUUCUUUGUGUCUGUCGCUGGAGCUUCAGGAAGCCAGACCAUUGUCAUCAGUGCAACCGAUCAAGCGGAUGGAGCUGGUUUCACGUCAACCAUUACAAUCACAACCACAGGUAAAUGUAUAUUCACCCUGGCCGAACCGUUUCUUGAGUUCGUACCGAAUUGA